GUCAACAACAAACCGAUCGCAGACACGGAGCGAUGAACGCGAAGCUCCAGAAAUGGCGGAAUCUCUCGAUCCUUUGGAGCGCUGCGAAGCAAAGCGACGCCGCCUCCGCCUCCGCCUCCGUCUCCCGCGCCCUGCACCACGGGCCGGACACAGUUGAAGAGCUCCUGGACAGGCACGUCGUCAAGAAGGAGAAGAAGUCCCUGGACGAGGAGGAGGAGGAACUCCUCGCGGCGCGGCGGCUCACCAGCACGCGGCGGGAGGCGCUGGCCCUGUACCGGGACAUCCUCCGGGCGACGCGGUUCUUCCCGUGGCCCGACCAGCGCGGCGUGCCGUGGCGGGAUGUGCUGAGGGAGAACGCGCGGAGGGAGUUCGAGGAGGCGCGGUUCGAGCGGGACCCCGAGGUGGUGACGCGGCUGCUGAUCGGGGGGAGGGACGCCGUGGAGGCGGCUCUCGAGAAGCUCGCCGAGAAGCAACGGCAGCAGGUCGAGAAGGAUCGCGGAGAUGGGCGGUGAUCGAGCGGAUCGAACGAUGUACGAAUUGUGAUGCCGUCUCUUACUUUUUCUCUCUCUCUUUCUCUUUCUCUUUCGCCCCUUAAUUGAAUAAUAAGAAUGAUGAAUCCCGAUCGGAUUCUGUGCGUCUCUCUGCUUGAAUGGCUGGACCUCGUGAUCUGGUCAGAAAAUUUAGGU